UCCUAGUUUCAGCAUCCGUUCAAACAAUUUACUCAAUUAUGGAGAAUAAUGAGUGAUUCCGAGUGUUUUGAAUUGCCAAAAUGCGCGAGCACUUCAGGAUUAGAUUCCUCAGAGCGCGCAUUAGAAGCGAUGGAAGUAGAUGAGGAGAAUCAAGAAGACACUGAUGACAACGAAGAUAAGGAAUUUGAAAAGCUGCUCUGGUCAAUUGAUGAUGACACCCUCUUUCAGCCACUUGGUUUAACCAAUCACGGCACAGACGCCGGCAAAACAGUAUUUGUUACAUGGAAUGAGGACUACCUAAUAAAUUUCGUUUUCAAGCGCGCAAAGCGGACAAAUAAAAUUAGUUUGACUAAGGUGCGCAUACCGAUGCCAUUAGGAGAAAUCAUCAACGAUAUGUUCAUAAUCGAGAUGAAUGCUUUGCUACUUAUGCGUAGUGGGCGAGUAUAUUAUUUUAGUUCUGUUAAGUCUAUGCAUGCAAUAGACUGGCUGAAUGAUAAUGGAGGCGGCGUGCGUUGCAUGUCUGCUGCCCCAACAGCGGGAUUCAGUUGUAUACGUUACGUGGCGGCGCAGACUGCGCUCUUUUUGGAGAUGUAUCGAGAUGUGCCAGAUAUAGGACGUAGUGUACCUGUAUUAUUACAGCGUUGCGACAUCACAUUUGAUGAUAAAAACCUUUUCAACUGCUCAUGGGAUGAUGAACGAUAUACACUAGUUUCGAGAAAAGUUACGGCAAAGAACAAAACAUUUCUGCAGUACUUGUUGAUGGGGGAAAUGGAAUUGAAAGAGGACCAGUGGAUCCACAUAUUUACGGUUUCCUCUGUUGUAUUUGCAUUGGUUGUAGCUGGUGUGGAAUGCAGCGCCGUUGAUGAUGGUGAGAGUGCGCCUGAUUGCGACUACAGCAUACAGCAGCUAUGUGCCUAUGCAACAAAUGUUAGUUCGAUACAGCUGGACUGUGAAGAGAAUCGUUGUCUGAUAUUUUUGCAGUGCGGUACCAUUGACAUUUGGUAUUACUCGCACUCUACCUGUGGUUUACGUCGCAUGCAGCAUUAUACUGGCGCACAGUAUAGUCAUCACGUGUAUGUGCCCGCUGCGCGCUGUUUUUAUUUCACCGAUGAAGAGCAGGUGGCCCAAUUGCAUUUCAGUUAUGACGCCGAAAUGGACAGUUGUCAAGUGCAAGAGACGUAUAAAGCGAUACCCGGCAUGGUGGCAUGCACUUGGGUAGAGACGCAGCAUCAGCUGAUAUGCCUAAGUUGCAAUAAUAUUUUUUAUAAAAUAAAUUUCGAACCAACGCAUAACGCUAAGCACUCUUUUGCGAACUUUACCGGUUCGGCUGCAGCAGUUAGUACGGAGUAUGAAAAUUUGCAAUUACUUUACGAGCUCACGCCGGCUCGUUUGUCACGUUUGCUCGCAAAAGUGGAAAAGGUUAACGAAUUGGUAAAUCUGCCAGCGCGCAUGCACGCCGCCGUGGAGAACGAAUGUGUGAAACAGCAGCUCCUUGGUGUGCUCUCGGAUAGGCACCUCUAUCGAUAUUUGGCGAAAGCGCGUCUAAUGUACAGCAUACAAUUACCAACAGCAGCUCAGGAAGGUGUAAUCAUGUUGUAUGCAAAUAACUCCUACCAAUUGCAUCAUGAUAGCUAUGCGGCGCUAAUCUACUUGCAAAUCGACAAAAAUGAUUUACUGCAUAGCGGCGACAGUCUAUGGCAUUUGCACAUAGAUGUUGACUGCAGCGAUAGCUAUAUGCUGCACAUCCCCAGCCCGUUGUUGAAUCAACAAUUGUGUAUAGCAUUGCCCUUAAUGCGGACUGCGGGAAAAUUGCUGGCUGAGAUCAAAGUGCAACUAUAUACUUUGGUGUGCUUGGAAGCUGAUUUUGUGGCUAUCAACCUUCCCAUUGAUUUAGAAGUAAAUUCGAGUACUUAUGCUGAACUCUUCACGCGUUUUAAACGCUGCGUGACUAUUUGCAAUGACUAUGAUAUUCCAAAACUUAUAAAAAGUUUCUUCAAGCAUAGCAAAAUCAAAGUAGUACAAGCGAGAGCGAGCGAGGAGGUUAAUUUAAAUAUGGAUAAUGACCAAAAGUCUUCCACUACCUUUGACGUAGAAAUGCUGUCACAUACAUUGCGGCUGCCAUCGACGUGGACUUUCAGUGCCAUUGCUGCGUGCUUCCAGGUACCAAUUACGGAACAGCAGAGUUUUGAUUUGUAUUUUAUGUCUGCACCGAUUAAAAUCGCGCACAUAGUGGAGGAGAAUCAUAUUACAAUCGAAAGCGUGGAUGCGGUGGCUUUGUAUUACCUAAAAAUUCAACUACUCAUAAACAUGCCUGAGCUGUUGGUGAAUGGUGGUGAUGGAAAUGGUGCCGAAGAAAGGCAGCAGAUGUUGAUGCAACUCCAAUGCGAUCUGACAAGUUGUGGGGCUGCUCUUCUGCAAGUGCCAACUUUUGAUGAGAAUAUUGCGGAUGAGGAGAGCGACUCAAUUCCACGUGCCAUGCAGAUGCAGCAGUUGAAACGAAUAUAUACGAAAAUGCGUAGAGACUUUCAUAGAUUGUACAGUUGAUGGUAGUGGGGGAAAGAUGUGUGCUCCCUACACAUUCCAUUGUGUGUUCUUUCAUGUAUUAAGCCACGGGCGAUACUCCCAAAUGUCUCAGUUAAGAAAUCUCAAGUUAAAUAUGUGGACAAUUAUGUUAUUUGAUUAAAAUAAGUGUCUUUGCGGUUCUAAAUGCAAUCACCAAAAUACCGCCUCACAUUAUACAUACACAUUUAGCUUAGAUUUUGUGAGCUGCUGGAAAAUACAUGAUUUCUGAUUGUGCUAUAAAUAAUAUUUUUUUACAUAUAUUCAUAAUUCGUUUAAGAGUUGUAUUAUGUCACAUAUUAAUACACCGAAUGCAAAAUACAGUCACUCAUAUCUUAUAUGA